AUGAAAAGUUGUAAACGUAACACAAAGACUAAUUACUACGGGAUACAUGGGCAUCUAAACAAGGACAGAUGUACAAUUGACCUGAAUAUGACCAAGGCCUAUAAUCAGGAAGAGAACUAUAAUGUAACGUUUGUUUGGCCAUUUCCCGACACUCAAAAGUUCCACAUACGUGAGCAUGUCCAUACUCCAAACAAUACUUUUACAAUAAGUAAAUUCACAUGGAACGGACAUGUCAUGGAUGAACUUCCACAUGAUUUGAAUGAUGUGGAACGAGUCAUUGUGGCAAUUCCCAGAGAGGGUAAAAGCUUAGAAAUGGCUGUAAUGAUAGUCAUGAAUACACUUGUUAAUGAAUGCAAGACUUCAUUCGUCCUCUACUUUAAAAGAAGCUCCAAGGGAAAAUGGACCGCUUACGCACUCAAGGAACCUAGACAUCUUUUCAACUGGAACAGGUUUUUCCUUGAUAUUAUCGCAGUUCCAGACGCUGAAAUUGAAAGUCUCCCUUAUAAGAACUUGUACAGGGUUGACAAGGACAUUUCCACUGAGGAACUAUUAUGCCUUGUGCUGGAAGAACAAGUUUCAAUAUGGACACAAAUAACAAAUUGGAUAGCAGAAACUUCCAGACAAUUAUCCGUUUGGAUUAACGCGAUGUUACUUAUUGGUCCAGCUGUCUUUUAUUGCACAUGA